UGUGUUUAUCUUUCCUCUGUCGUUUCAGUGUUUUCUCCCAUAAGUAGGUCAAUAGAGUGAUUUACAGCUAUAUUUAUUUUUCAGUCAUUGGGUAACUGUCAUGCACCAGAGAACUUGAGGUAACACUCGCUCCGCAACAUCGGUACCUAACUGUCCAUGUAUGCACUUGUUCCCAUGCAGUAGCUUCCAUCAGUCACGUUGCCAUAACCACGCACACCUCGCACCAAUCUCUCAUCGCCUUGCGGCCUCAUGCUCCCUCCACCUGCCUCUACUUCCCGCGACCGCCGCUAGGAUGCCACCAGUCUAACUUUGCGCUGCGGCACGACUUUUUAGUACCAGCUCUCAGUCGCGCGUCAGACAUCAUGGAGGAAGGAUGUCGCACCUCUGCGCUCGUGGCAUGACUAACACGACUUACCACGUGAACAAAGCUAAAGAGACGUUUUUUGUCAAGGACGGUUUAUAAGACUAAAGGACAGGACGUGUGAACCCCGCAGAUGUAGUGGACUAAGUUAUACCGGGUUGUUGAUGGGCAUUACUGCAACGACUGUGAUACUUCUACCAUUCUACCAAGUCAUUAGUUACUUUAUUACUUAAGACGCAACUUCACGCACUGACAAGAUUACUCAAGUGGCAUUUACGGUGCAGUACUAAUCGUUGUGAUAUUUUGUACGUACUGCCAACCUGCUGACGAGACACUGACGGAGGAAGAACGCUGUCUCUCUACUCUCUACUGGUACUGACGACUCUCCUGACGGUGACACAAGACAGCAGGCGACGUGGAUUAAUUAGUUGUGAUUGCUUGGCAGGUGCACCCAAUACCCCUGAGACAAGUGAGUGAGCUCGGCGGAGGCCACUUGGGUUUUAACAGGUUCAUCCCAGCUGUUUAGUUUGGCCAUGAGGGCACGGCUGGGGAAGCGUGCCUGAGGACGAGGCGCUGUGACUGUAGGGUGUUGUGAAGUAAAGGACGCAACCAUGAUUGAAAAGAGCGAUAAGAGUGACUCUGACUCGAGCAGCAGUGAAACCAGCGGCAUGAAGGUGAACGUGGUGUACCGAGGAACACUGUACCGCGUGAGGGGUGUCAAGGUGCUCGUGUCCGUCGUCACUGCUGUCAUUCUCCUCCUCGUUGCCAUCGUGGGCCUGGGCGUGUGGAUGCUGGUCAGUGCGUACGCAGAAGACAAGGCUUUAUCCUUGCCCGCCAAUGCCACGCGAGCCACGGCCAGCGCCGCCGCCGGCCACCAGGAGUCCUCCACUCCCUUCACUAUAGACUUCAAUGCCCCGAGUGCCACGCUGCAGGAGGCUUCCUUCCCUGCUAGAGUUUCCAACACCCGCGUCAUUCAAGACGCUGCCAGCAGCGACUCCUCGGCCAGUGCUGUCCUGCCUGUCAGUGAAGAAUCGCCUGCCAGCCAGAACUCGCCUGUCGAUGCUGACGAUGUCAGCGAGACUGUGGGUCACUUUCAGGGCGUGAAUCCCCGUAGAAAUCAGACGACCACCAUCCCCAGCUCUCCGAGGCCUAAGCCAGCCUUUGGCGUGCCGAGUCUGCCUCGAGAAAUCCUAUCUCCCGUCGAGGUCGCCUCGCCCCCUGCAGGCACAAGCGCGUUCCCUGUCGAGGACAGCUUUGUGGAGUACUCAGAGAGGCGGCCCGUCACAGUUCCCUCGCCCAUCCCAGUACAGGAGUACACGGGCGCCCCGGCGGGAUACGAGGUCAAUACCAACCCAUGGAUCGGUAUACAUCGUCAACCGGGGGACGGGCCCCGCUAUCCUCUACAGGGCGGUCUGCCAGACAACAUUCCCAGAGACAUUGACCCCGUGCUGCUGGACAUGGGCCUGCCUUUCCCCUACCCACCCUCCCUGGCCACCAGAGCGCCCCCUCCGCCUGCCACCUCUCCCAUCCCAAGGCGUCCCACCCGACCCCGCUACCGAGCCACUCGCCGGGGACAAGCUUCCAAGCCUAACGAGUCUCAUCACACCUCAGAGGCUCCCAGGCCCCCAAGUGGGCAGCAUCAUCAUGAACUGCACCAUCAUGAGCAACGCCCGGCUGAGCAGCACCCGGGAGAGCGGCACUACCACCGCGAACAGUACCACCGUGAGCAGCACCACCGUGAGCAGCACCGUGAACAGCACCCCGAGCAGCACGGUGGUGAGCAGACUCACGGUGAGCAGCACCACCGUGACCAGUACCCUGGUUAUGAGCCCUUCCUCACCCCCACCCCCGAGCUGCCUCACGCCCCUGAGGUGCCUUCCACCCCCAGCGUGGCACAACCAGAAAGCUUCACGCGUCCAGACGGCCCUCACUACCCUGACCUGCACCAUUAUCUGCUCAGCGGAGCGAGUCAGAUGCCCGCCGGCCUCACGCUGCCCCCGGGAGUGACUCUUCCUCCCGGGGUAUCGAUGCCAGCGAACCUCGACUCAGUAGCAGACCUGGUGGGUCUGCGUGAGGCGGCAGAAGGACACUUCAAGCACAGACCGAGGAUUCCCGGCAGCUACCUGGAGGACAUGUUACACCACUACAAUAAACACGACAGAAGCAGGCCACCGCCCACGUCCACUGCUCCGCCUCCUACGAGGAAUGACACACGCUAUAGCCAGAGGAAGGGCCUGACGGCGGAGGGCGUCACGCAGGGUUACAUUGGCCCCCCGGUGGUUGGAUACGGAGAACAGCCAUUCAGAAACGCCCGGCGGCCCCACGACCCCGCCUUUCAGUAUUUCUGGGACAUGUACGGCUACGACGGGUCGGCGCCCGCCGAACAUGACGACCGCGGCCCGGUGCCCGAGGAGGCCACGCACUCGCCGGAGCGGGGCGCGCCGCCCGCGAGAAGCCAACCCCACGCGGGAGGGUAUCGACCUCCAGGCCCUGGACAACGACCUCACCCUCACGACAUGCCAGGCCCUGGACGACUUCACCCUCACGACACGUCAGGCUCUGGACAACGACCUCACCCUCACGACAUGUCAGGCCCUGGACGACUUCACCCUCACGACACGCAAGGCUCUGGACAACGACCUCACCCUCACGACAUGUCAGGCCCUGGACGACUUCACCCUCACGACACGCCAGGCUCUGGACAACGACCUCACCCGCAUGACACCAUGGCUGCAGGACACCAGUCUCAUCCUCACAUGGUUCGUCCAGGUCCUCGCCACGAGGCGCCAGGCCCCCGCCGCCCAUCACCCAGGCUGGAGCCCAACAUGCGUGGCGGUCAGCCACAUCCUGUGAGGCCUGACGCAGAGCGACCUCCUGUCAUGCACCAACCCAACCGUCAGCUUUGGGUGGACCCCGGACCCCGGCCGUCAGCGGCACCCAGUCCGCGGCCGGGGCCAUCGGCCCCCCCGAACCACCGGCCCUUCCUGGGGCCGUUGUACGACAUGUAUGAGUACUCCAAGAGGCUGGCGUCCACGCUGCUCAACUUCCCGAAGGAUGGCAGCAGCGGCUACGACGCCUCGCGGGAUGAGUAUAUGAUGAACGAGGUGCAGCUGCUCGAGGACUACAACCGAGUCUUCCAAAAUCCGAACACCACCAGUGCCGACGUGCUGCCGGACAUGUAUGACGACAGGCCCAACAGGAACGAGCGCCUCAUGCUCCUGGACACCAGCAAGCUGCAGUCCCUCAAUCCCUUCGAGAUGUCGCUAAUCACCUGGACAUUCCUGGACUUCUGGGAAUUUCUCAUCGAGCAGGUGGGGACGCUGUCGCCAGAGGAUCUCGCACUGCUGGAGCAAAGACUGGAGCGUUUAAGGCUGAAAAAGGACAGAUUGAUGACCAAGAACUUUAUGACAGCCACUGUCAACCACCAAGUCACUCAGGAAACGAACAGAGGGCACCCUGACGCGGCCCGAGCAAUCGCCAUGGCGGAGGACCUGCUGAAGUCAAUGCCGGAUGUGGAGAUAGAGGAGGAGGAAAAGGAGAACGCCACUAGCACCGGGGCGGUGGACGGCGAGGUGACGGGACGUAUGUGGGACCCGCUGGGGGUGUUCACUAACAACCAGAGAGUGGAGUUCAUGGAGUUCGCCAUUAAGGUGCUCUUCAGGUUCGGCCGCGUGUACCUGCAGAAGGCGUACGCGUUGGACUGCAUGAUGCUGCUCUUUUGUAAAGACCUCAACGCGGAUUCCAGGAAGGCGGGCAUGGACGGCACGGCGGCCAAGAUCAAAAGCGUGGGCCUGAAGGUGCUGACUGAGAAGGACGCCCGUCAGAUGGACACUGUUGGUGAGAUCUGGCGCUCCAUCACUGCCUGGGAGGACCUGCAGUGCCAGUCCAUGUUCCCUAGGUGCGAUGGUCCCCGGGCUCUGGAGAUUGUGAAUGACGUGGCUGUGGGAAGCCGCCGCAAGUAGACGUCUCAUGGAUACCCGCCCUACGUAGUACCUCUGUUCCUUCCCUUCUCGCCACCGCCAGGAACACUGCAGGAAGACCCCCCUUACCCCACUCGCCAGACCCUCUCCAGUUCCCCACUCUUGGUUUGAUCUGACGGAGAGACGAUCCCUCACACUCAAGAGGCUUCGUUCUCUCCCAUCCCCGUUUUCUAUUCCCUCCCAAUCCCAGGAAAUCCUCUUAUGCAUAUCCCCGCGUAAUUUUCUGGCUAAGCCUUAAUUUAUUGCAGUCAUUUAUUUGAUUUAUACUUCCCGCGUGACUCAAGGGCGAUGCUAAGUCUUAAUGAUCCACAUACUAAUACUUCUUAACGUAAAUCUUGGCAGUUUAGUUGGUGUAAUACCGUUAUUAAUAUUUAUUUACAUGAUUCGCGGCUGGUACGUGACUCUAGUAGUUCAUUUAUUAACAUAUCCCACAUAAAUUACGGCGCAUAACAAUUAUUUAUUUAUUUUUUUAACUGAAGUAUUGCAGAGAGUAAAAUUCUGAAGUAACAUGAGUGAGCUGCGGCAGGUAACAGUAUUUGUGUAGCUUUGAUCAAUACUCAGCUUAAGUAUACGGCAGGAUAUGAGAUUCGAGACUCCCUUUAGAAGCAUUCCACUCACACCGCACGGCAGGUAUCAGGUCCAAUCACGCCUUCAUGCUUCAUGAACACCGCCCUUUGAUCCAAUACGCAAGAGGCACAGAAGCAAUCAUCGUAAAUUAUAAUCACGAAUUCCUGGUACAAUCUCUCUCUGGCUUCAGUGACGUGCCCGCAGAAGCUGUUAAUUAUUAUAACGAGUUCCCGGUAUGCCCUCGCUUUGGUCUGGCUUCAGCGGCGCGCAUUCCCAGGCUGUUAGUGCAAGACCCGUGCAUCCGAGAGUGUAUUGUUGUGUGUUUUGCCUUCUGGUGGAGUAUCAUUAGAGGCACGCAGGCACGCAGGUACAGUUACAAGUGUGCUUUUCCGUGAACUAGCAUGGAUCAAUCGCCACCUUCCAUUACUUUCAAGGUUUAGUGUCAUAAGAGCAUCACUGAGCGUAAGAAUAAUGUUAACUUUGCUAAUGGAAUAUCACCAGAAAUAUACACAAAUAGUUCACGGGUUUUAUACUAAAUAGCAUGAAUUAAUCGCGAUCCUCCAAUAUUUUCGAAGGUUUAGUGUCAUAACAGCGGCACUGAGCUCAGGGGAGUGUUAAGUUUGUUAUUUAGGUGCCUGUGCGUAUAUCCUUCUGACACCCUUUUGUAAAUAAGAUGGUCACUGGUCAAGGUCCUUCUACCUCUAUGACCUCGCGUCUAGAAGGUCAGCUGAAGGAUAUUAGACCAGUGGUGCAUUAAGAUAUCUGUAUUCUAGCUUUUUACUGCGGGAUACCUGAACAAGGACGCGCAGCUACCGUCAGCCUGCUAAUUAACUGCCUAUACACGCUGUUACUUAGCUUGUAUUAAUGCAGAGUACACGCAGUAUCAAAACCAACAAACUGGACAUGACACUUAAGCCAGCUGUCAGUGGUUCUUAGGGUGAGUCGAAGCUUCACUGUUUCUCUUCGCCUCACUGUCGUCUGCCUCGGUGGUUCUCCUGCCAAAAAAUUAAUCACUCAAACUCUGUACAAAUGGUGGAAUGUGAGACUCAAGGACAUAGACAGCAGUAGGAGACUUCGAGGCCAACUCCGGGCGAGGGCAAGACCACUUCCAGGACCAGAGAUGCCCUCCUCCACUCCCCCGCUUCUCCCCUACAUCCCCUUCUGUCCCCAACCCCCUCAAGCCUCACUCACAGACAGACCGAGUGUGUUGUCACCUAAACAACAGGAUUUAUUUAUUUUCUCUUGAAACUAUUUAUUUACAUGAAGUAGUUACAGUUGUAGUUCUUGUUGUUAUUGUUGUUAAUAUUAUUGUUUAUUGUUGUUACUGUUUUGUUUGGACAAUAAACUGUUUUCUAUG